CCAGCAGGGCUGGAAAAUAUCUCUGUGUUUUCUCCUUCAUAAGCUUCAUCUGUUCUGGCGGAAUGAAGACUGAAGAACUUGAGCAACCUAUCUCUACUCCUUCCUAAAAUCCAGGCCAUGCAGUGCCCAUAUCAACAAGGCUUCUAGCAGGAGCUAGUAUGCUUGUAGCGGUCUAUGUUGGUGACCAGUGGCUGUACUUCCUUUCAGAGGCUGGGGCUGUAAAUCUUUCCUGUCCUCCUGUGUCAGUCCAGUCUGCUUGGCUAGGAAAUGGAAUCCUAGUACAAACUUGCACAUGGCUCCUACUUCCCCCUGACAUCACCUCCAGUGAUCAGAACACCUCAGCAAGCCAAGUGCAGCCUGCAUUACAUGGUCUGCCUUGAUCAUACAGCCCAGAUGAGCCUUCUGGAAGCUCGCUGUCCUGAAUUGCUCCUAGUUCACCCAAGAUGGUCACUGUCCAUGACCUCUCCUGCAGCAGGGUUUGGAUAUGAGGUCAUCUUGUCGUAAGUCAGCAGAGAAGCUACUGGGUCAUUCCUAUUUUCCAGACUGGUAAGGUCAAUAUGCUUUGGAAAUGCAGAGAUCAGGCUACAGUCCCAUCUCUAAAUAUUUGUGAGAAACUUUGACUUAACUCUUUAUAUCAUUCUGCUGUGAGACUGAUAAUCCUUGUGUUACCUCAGGAGAUGCUUUAUUUUAAUAUAUAAGUGUCAUAAACCAGUUUUCUUACCUGGCAUAGAGGCUGGCUGAAUGCCAGUGGUUUACUUAGACUUCUGUGGGAUGUGUAAAUGACACUGGCCACAAAAAUCUGACAGCUUGGAUGCAAAAGGCUUUCAGGACAUUUGUAGUUAUGUGGCCUUCAGGUUUCAUUCUUAUGUUAAUCCCCCCCCAAAUAAACUUUUCUCCUUUGGUUUUGCUGCAGUGCUUCCAAAAUUUGAAGUAACAGUGAAAAUGCCCAAGGUUAUCACCAUUCUUGAUGAGGAGCUGAAGGUGACAGUUUGUGGUCUAUACACAUUUGGCAAGCCUGUUCCUGGCCAUGUGAGCUUUCGUGUCUGCAGGAAAUUUGAAUACCCAGCCACUGCUUGCUAUGGUGAAGAGGCUAAGGCAGUAUGCGAUGAAUUCUCUGGACAGACAGACAACCAUGGCUGCAUUUCUAAACUGGUAAAAACCAAGUUAUUCCAGCUCAAGAGAAUUGGAUAUGAGAACAAGCUCCAUGUGGAUGCUAGGAUUGAAGAGGAGGAAACAGGAAUUGUGUUGACUGGAACAAGCUUCUCUGAGAUCACAACUACCAUCAGCAAAAUUACCUUUGAGAACUCAGAUUCUUACUACAAACCUGGAAUCCCCUUCUUUGGGCAGGUUAAACUUGUGGAUGGGUCUGGUGCUCCAAUUGCCAAUGAAACUGUGACGAUUUCUUUACAAGGAGGCCAGGAAAUGAACUACACAACGAAUGAAGAGGGCAGGGCACUAUUUGCCUUGAACACUUCCAUGUUGUACUUCGAUUCUGUUGGAAUUAGAGCAACUCAUAAAACACAUUCCUACUGCUUUGACCAUUCAUGGGUUAAUCCAAAUUAUGAAGAUGGUUAUCUCCACCUAAAGCGCUUUUACUCCCCUAGUAAGAGCUUCCUCAAAAUUGAGCCCACAUCUGAGACACUGAGCUGUGGCUCCUCAGCUGAGGUCCGGGUUCACUAUAUCCUUACACCAGAGGCUGUAAGAGAGAAGAAGAAAAUCAUGUUCUACUACCUGGUGAUGGCCAAGGGAAUCAUCAAGCAAGCAGACACCAGAAUUCUGGAUUUGGACAAGGAAAGUGUCAAUGGUGUCUUCAUACUACAGCUGCCUGUGGAAGCUGACUUUGCUCCUGUGGCCCAAGUUCUUGUCUAUACUGUUACCCCCAGCAGGGAGGUGAUUGCAGAUUCAACAAAGUUCAACAUAGAAAAAUGUUUCAACAAUAAGGUGGGCCUGAGCUUCUCUCCUUCUGAAGGCCUGCCUUCUUCUGACACUCACUUACUAUUCAGAGCCUCCCCCAAAUCCCUUUGUGCUGUCCGUGCUGUAGACAGGAGUGUUCUCCUCAUGAAGCCUGAAGCUGAUCUGUCACCCAGCUUGGUGUAUAGCUUACUGCCAGUGAAGGAAUUGCAUGACUAUAGCCAUGGUACAGAUGUGCUCUUGGAGGAGCCCCUAGAAGACUGUGUCCCCUUGAAGAAAAUAAUUCUGAAUGGGAUCACCUAUUCUCCAGUAGUGGAGAUGAAUGAAGAUGAUGCUUACAGCAUUCUAAAGGAAAUGGGUUUAAAGGUUUUCACCAAUUCCAAGGUGAGGAAACCUUGGUAUUGCAGCACUGAGAAUUACAUGCCUGCACAGAGUCGCGUUUCAGCAAGUGGAGGCCUGGCUGGAGCACCUAUGUAUGCACUGAGGAGUGGUGACCUACAUUCUAGUAGAAUCCAUGCAACAUCCAGCAGUCCUGAAGAGGUGACAGAGACAAUACGAAAGUAUUUCCCAGAAACAUGGAUUUGGAGUUUAGUAUCUAUAAGCUCUGAGGGAAAUGCUGAAGUAGAUGUGACCAUCCCUGACACCAUCACUGAAUGGAAAGCCAGUGCGUUCUGCAUGUCCCCAGACACAGGCUUUGGCCUGUCACCAACAGUGUCCCUCAGAGCCUUCCAGCCUUUCUUUGUAGAGCUCACCCUCCCUUACUCUGUAGUGCGUGGUGAGGCCUUCACGCUGAAAGCCACUGUUUUCAACUACCUGACAGCCUGCAUCAGAGUCAGUGUGAUUCUGGCUCAGUCUACUCAAUUUCUGGCUACUGCGGUGGAAAAGGAGGAAGACUCUCAUUGUCUCUGUGAGGACGGGAGGAAAACAGUGGCUUGGCUGGUGACUCCCAAAUCUCUAGGGCUGGUGGAGUUCUUGGUGAGCACUGAGGCCCUGCAGAACCAGCAGCCAUGCGGAAACACCAUAGUGCAGACCCCUGAGAAAGGGCGGAAGGACACGGUCAUCAGGCAGCUGCUGGUGGAGCCUGAAGGAGUUGAGAAGGAAACUGUUCGGAGCUCUGUGCUCUGUUUGAAAGGAGAGUCUGUGAAAGAGAAGUUUUCUCUGUUGCUUCCCUCAAAUGUGGUACAAGACUCAGGCAGAGCAUAUUUCUCAGUGCUAGGCGAUCUCAUGGGCACCGCCAUGCAGAACCUGCACCAGCUACUCCAGAUGCCAUUUGGUUGUGGCGAACAGAACAUGGUCUUGUUUGCACCCAACGUCUAUGUCCUGGACUAUCUGAACAAGACAGGACAGCUGAGUGAGGAGGUCAAAUCCAAGGCCAUUGGAUACUUAGUGAGCGGUUAUCAGAGGCAGAUGAACUACAAGCACCCAGAUGGCUCUUACAGUACCUUUGGACCACGUUAUGGCCAACGGGGGAACACCUGGCUCACAGCCUUUGUCCUGAAGUCCUUUGCCCAGGCCCGGCCUUACAUCUUCAUAGAUGAAAAGCACAUCCAGGAUGCUUUGAUCUGGCUCAGUCAAAAUCAGAAGGAGAAUGGCUGCUUCCGCAGCUCUGGGAUGCUCCUGAACAAUGCCAUGAAGGGUGGAGUGAACGAUGAGGUAACACUGACAGCCUACAUCACUAUUGCACUGCUGGAGAUUCCUCUGCCUGUAACUCACUCGGUGGUGCGCAAUGCUCUGUUCUGCCUGGAAACGGCAGGAAAUGGGGAAGAAAACCACGUGUACACCAAGGCACUGCUGGCAUAUGCCUUUGCCCUGGCAGGGAAGGAGGAGAAGAGGAAGGCGUUCCUUGGCUCACUUGAAAAGGAAGCCGUCCAAAAGGAUGGGUCUGUUCACUGGCAGCGGCCUGGGAAAGAGCCAGAGGCUGAUCUCCCGUACUACCGCUAUAAAGCUCCCUCUGCUGAAGUGGAGAUGACAGCCUAUGUGCUCCUUGCUCACCUCACCACGCAGCCAGCACCUUCGCAGGAGGAGCUGUCACUCGCAUCUCGUAUUGCAAAGUGGAUCAUUGGUCAGCAGAAUCCCAACGGAGGCUUCUCCUCCACCCAGGACACAGUUGUGGCUCUGCAAGCCCUCUCCUUGUACGGAGUUUCCACCUAUGCCAAGAGCGGAGCAGCUUCCAAAGUGACCCUGCGAUCUGGAGGGGACUUCCAGCAAGACUUCCACGUGGAUCCCUCAAACCGGCUGCUGCUCCAGCACGUGCCCCUGCCCCAGGUGCCAGGGGAGUACAGCGUAGAGGUGUCUGGCAAGGGAUGCGUCUACCUGCAGACAAGCCUGAGGUACAACGUGCAGCCCAAGCAGGAGAGCGCGCCCUUCCUGCUGCAUGUACACACGAGACCAGAGACGUGUGAGGACUCCAAGGCUCACAAGGUCUUUGACAUAGGCAUAAACGUCAGUUACGUGGGUGAGCGCAGUGUCUCCAACAUGGUGAUUAUCGAUGUGAAAAUGCUGUCGGGAUUCAUCCCUGUCAAGUCCUCAGUGAGGAAGCUGGCACACCACCAAGUCAUUGAGCGUACAGAGUUCAGUACCAACCAUGUCUUAGUGUAUCUGGAAAAGCUGAGCAACGUGACCUUGAGCUUCUCCUUCACGGUGGAGCAGGACAUCCCUGUGCAGGGCCUGAAACCAGCUCAGGUGAAGGUGUAUGAUUACUAUGAGACUGGUAAGUGUGGGGCUGAGGGUGUCCCGGUGAGUGACUGUGGGGAGCUGGAUUCAUGGGGGUGUCUGGGAGCAAUGGAAACCCACAGCUGUUCCUGCAUUGUCCCUCUGCUUGUCCCUCUGCAUUCCUGGGAGAGGGACCUCUGACAGUCCUGCUCUUUCUCUUCCCUUCUGUUUUUCAGAUGAGUUUGCCAUACAGGAGUACGGUGCUCCCUGCACCACAGGUAGGGUACAUAGGAGCAAAUAGCCUAUUGCAAAUUAUUUUGAAUGGAAGUCUUUUGCAAACCUUAGGCUUCCUUUGCCUACAACAAGUCUCUGAGCUUGUCUUUACCAUGCCUACAGCAGGCUUGAGUCAUACCGUAGUACAGAGGGGGAAAAUAAUGCUAGGCACCCUGUGUUAUAUUUCAUUUUAUUCACUGAGACCGUGAAUCUCAGUGCUAUCACCUUAAGUCAGACAGAGGCACUUGUCUUUGCCUGUGUGUGUUUCACGUUGUACAAAUGAGACCAAAGUCUUCCUUGGGACAGAGCACCAUGCUCAACCUCUGCGUAUCUACCUUUUUCAAGGCCACUUUCACCAUGCUGCAGAUACAGAAGUGCGUUGAGGAAUUGUCUCCCAGCCACCUUGGUGAAAUGUUCACAUGUCUUCAGUGAAUUUCAAGCUUUGCCCUAGGUUCUUUUUUCCGAUCCUGUGGGAAAUCCAUGUGCCACAAGACAACAUUUACUCUGAUAGCUCAUGCCUCUCCUUCCUUCUCUGUAGUAUGGAUGUAAUGAACAUGUCCAGCCAUUCCCAAUAUGUUGUCCUUCUGCAACGUGGCAAUUUUAGGUGUUGUAGGUUCGCAGAUUUUAACAGGGUUUAAGCUGACAUGGCACAAAAGGGGCUACCACAGAAUGCAGAGAAGUCGUCUGGGAUUCUGGGUAUUGCUUCACCAGGAAUUCUCUCUCACUCUGUCCUUUCCCCACCUCCAGCCAAAGCUGAACAGGGAAAUGCCUGAAGAAUACAUCUGUGCCCUGAUGGAUCAGCUGACUUGUUUCUGCCCUUAGUAGUCUUCCUUAACGAGUCCUCUACAAUGUUACAUGUAACCAACACCAAAAGCAAAGCAAUACAAUAAAAAUAAAUAAAGUCUUGAUCCUCCCCA